CGCCACCGCCUCCGCCCAGGUCCCGGGCCUCCGCCGCCGCCGGCCAUGGAGGCGGCUCCGGAACAGCCGCGCUGGAUGGCGCACCCCGCCGUGCUGAACGCUCAGCACCCAGACCCGCACCACCCGGGCCUGGCGCACAGCUACAUGGAGCCCGCGCAGCUGCUGCCUCCCGACGAGGUGGACGUCUUCUUCAACCACCUCGACUCGCAGGGCAACCCGUACUACGCCAACCCGGCCCACGCGCGGGCGCGCGUCUCCUACAGCCCCGCGCAUGCCCGGCUGACCGGAGGCCAGAUGUGCCGCCCACACUUGUUGCACAGCCCGGGGCUGCCCUGGCUGGACGGGGGCAAAGCAGCCCUCUCCGCGGCUGCAGCACAUCACCACAACCCCUGGACCGUGAGCCCCUUCUCCAAGACGCCGCUGCACCCCGCGGCUGCCGGAGGCCCCGGAGGCCCCCUCUCUGUGUACCCAGGGGCAGGGGGUGGGAGCGGGGGAGGCACUGGCAGCUCUGUGGCCUCCCUCCCCCCCACCGCAGCCCACUCGGGCUCCCACCUCUUCGGCUUCCCACCCACGCCACCCAAAGAAGUGUCUCCCGACCCCAGCACCACUGGGGCUGCCUCCCCAGCCUCCUCCUCCGCAGGGGGGGGUGCGGCCCGGGGGGAGGACAAGGACGGCGUCAAAUACCAGGUGUCACUGACGGAGAGCAUGAAGAUGGAAAGUGGCAGUCCCCUGCGCCCAGGCCUGGCCGCCAUGGGCACCCAGCCUGCCACGCACCACCCAAUCCCGACCUACCCCUCCUAUGUGCCGGCCGCCGCCCACGACUACAGCAGCGGGCUCUUCCACCCUGGAGGCUUCCUGGGUGGCCCGGCCUCCAGCUUCACCCCUAAGCAGCGGAGCAAGGCGCGCUCAUGCUCAGAAGGCCGGGAGUGUGUCAACUGCGGGGCCACGGCUACCCCUCUCUGGCGGCGGGACGGCACCGGGCACUACCUGUGCAACGCCUGCGGCCUCUACCACAAGAUGAACGGGCAGAACCGGCCGCUAAUCAAGCCCAAGCGGAGACUGUCGGCCGCCAGGAGAGCGGGCACCUGUUGUGCAAAUUGUCAGACGACAACCACCACCUUAUGGCGCCGAAACGCCAACGGGGACCCUGUCUGCAACGCCUGUGGCCUCUACUACAAGCUGCACAAUGUGAACAGGCCGCUGACCAUGAAGAAGGAAGGCAUCCAGACUAGGAACCGGAAGAUGUCCAACAAGUCCAAGAAGAACAAGAAGGGGGCCGAGUGCUUUGAGGAGCUGUCCAAGUGCAUGCAGGAGAAGGCCUCCCCCUUUAGCGCGGCUGCCCUGGCCGGACACAUGGCGCCUGUGGGCCACCUCCCGCCCUUCAGCCACUCGGGACACAUCUUGCCCACCCCAACGCCCAUCCACCCCUCCUCCAGCCUGUCCUUCGGCCACCCCCACCCAUCCAGCAUGGUGACCGCCAUGGGCUAGGGGCCGCCCCCCACGGACCGACAGACAGACGCCGAGGAAGGCGCUCCCGGGACGGGGGGGGCGGGGACCCGACCCUCAGCUGCCCGUCCUUCCCCGGAGACUGAUGCUGCCCUGCCAGCCCAGCUGGAGCCCCACGCUGCCUCACCUGUGGGCCCGUCGGCCGUCACUGUGAAGAUGCUCCCUGGGCUGGGAGGCUGCCUCGGCCUCCCAGGUGGGGCCUCCACCACGGAUAACUCUGUUUGGCGAGCAGAAAGGACAACCUUAUGAAGACUGGGGGCAAGGGACACACGAAGGAAACCGCGUCGUCGUAGAAGGGAAAGGGAGCAGGCAGAAGUAAUUUAUUUUGCUCUCGUUUCUCACGAGGACUGGGAGACUUGGGCCGUCUGAGCUGCCCCACGUUCGCGGGGCUUCCUCGGCGCCAAGUGCCACUCGACCGUUCCCCGUGCCCGGCUCCGGGGGCAGGUCCUCGGGGACCUCGGCCUGCACCCUCUCCACUGGCUCCCUCUCUGAAAGCGCUGAACCCAGGCUGGGCUGAGCCAAUCCAGAGGGGCCGCGGCCGGGCGCAGAGGGCAGAGACAAUCACGGGCGGUCCCGCGCAGAUUCCCAGGCCGGGGCUGGGUCACAGGAAGGAAACGUUUUCUUGAGAGGGGAAGCGUCUCUCCGAUUGCUCCCCUGGCUCUGAGGCUGAGGCUGGGGUGACCCGUGCGCCCUAGACGGGUCUGAGCUACAGCCACCUCCUCUGCCCGGCGGACCCCUGUACAUACAUCCUCCUUCUGCUAACGCCUAAACCCCCUCCUCUCCAACUCUGAGACAAAAGAA